UAUAUUUAUAGUAGCGCUUCAGUGGAAGCCCAUGUGACAAGAGCGUUACGUCCGCGCUGAUAAUGCAAUAGUGGAUGAAGCGAGCCGCAGCUCUGAAGAACAGCACGCUCCGCGCUUUGCUCAGCCAAAACAAUUCACGUCGAAGAACAUCCGCUGAUGACAUGCACUUGCCCCCAGCGACCCAUUUUCUCCUUUCGCUAAACCUCAAGGUCCUUCGCCGUUAAUGUCACUGGAGGAACGUGCACUGAUGUGACACAGUGGAUUGGGUGAACGCGCUUUCACGUUUAUCAGCUCGGACAAUAUUGUCGCAUAAUGAUGCGCUUCUUUUGAUGUCUGCGAAGCUGUCUGAACACGAAUAUAUUUGUCAGUAAGUCUGCUUUCCAGCGGGGCACAUCCGAUUUCCUGUCUACAUACCACCAGCUCUCUUCAGUCUGUCUUGAUAGAGGAAAUUGGAUAAGGAUGGAUCCAGAGCAGCAAAUUCAAAGCCAGUGCAAGACUAAUGAUCUGGAAUCAUCUGCACAACCAAAAGGACCAGCAGAUCCAUCUUUCCUUGCCCCUUCUACACCACCGACGGCUCCAGCCAGGCCUCGGCGGCCCCAGAGGAGCCCGCGAGUGGAAGGAUCCUUUGACGUAUCGGAGCUCAAACCUCCAGAAUCUCCUGAAGAGCAGCAGCUGAGCAGCCGUGCUGAACCGACCGAGCCCAACAGCUCCAGUCAGCCCUCAGAACUCAGUGUUGAUCAUGGACCUCCACAUCCGGCUGAACAGAAGCUUUUAGGACACGCUGCAGUGUCUCGGAGCCACAUUUCAAUGAGGGCCGCCUCGCUUCCUCAGACCCCGUCUUACAGACCACCUCUGACUGACGCCACCCUGCACCCGCAGAGGGCCCUGUCUGUCGCUGGGACCGCCGACACGCAGACGCAGGUGGUGGAGGAUUUCAGGGUGCACAUUAUCACGUGGAACGUGGGCUCGGCCAUGCCUCCUGACGACAUCACUUCCUUACUGGGGCUGAAUGUUGGCGAUGGGAACACAGACAUGUAUAUUAUAGGCUUACAGGAAGUGAACUCUAUGAUCAACAAAAGACUGAAAGAUGUUCUUUUCACUGACCAGUGGAGCGAGGUCUGCAUGGACGCUCUCAGCCCCUUUGGAUAUGUACUGGUCACAUCUCAGAGGAUGCAGGGAAUGCUGCUGCUGGUCUUCUCCAAGUACUUUCACCUGCCGUUCCUGAGAGGCAUUCAAACACAGACCACUCGCACCGGCCUCGGCGGGAUCUGGGGAAAUAAAGGAGGCGUCAGCGCUCGCAUGGACGUGUUCGGCCAUUCGAUCUGUUUCUUGAACUGUCAUCUGCCCGCACACAUGGAGAACUCAGACCAGCGCAUGGAGGACUUCGAAAGCAUCCUGCAGCAGCAGCAGUUCGAAGUACAAGCUGCUACAGGCGUCCUGGAUCACGAUGUGGUUUUCUGGUUUGGAGACCUGAACUUCAGAAUCGAGGACCUGGACAUGCAAGUUGUGAAAGCAGCCAUUGACAGUAACAAACUGGCCACAUUAUGGGAAAAAGACCAGCUGAAUAUGGCUAAAGACAGUGAGGCUGUGCUCGAAGGCUUUCACGAGGGGCCGCUUAAAUUCCCUCCCACGUAUAAGUUUGAUGUGGGUACAGACACGUAUGAUACCAGUGGUAAGAAGCGUAAGCCAGCAUGGACUGAUCGCAUACUUUGGCGUUUGAGACCGAUGGCUCAGGUCAGCAACAGCAUGUCGAAGCGCAGCUCGUUCUCAGGUCUGACCAGCGGAACCUGUGUGUCGCAGCAUUUUUACCGCAGUCACAUGGAGUACACCAUCAGUGACCACAAGCCCGUCUCCUCUAUUUUCACUCUGCAGUUCCCGUACAAGGCGGACAUGGCUUUGGUAACACUCUUUGUGGAGGAUGAAUGGAGAGAGAUAUCAGAUGCAGUGGCCAAAUUCAAGGUGGCACCCAACUUUCCUCGGAGCUCUUGGGACUGGAUUGGACUUUACAAGGUUGGGUUUAAACAUCAUAAAGACUAUGUGACUUACGUUUGGGCCAAGCAGGAAGAGUCUGAUUUCCUGAGACAGGAGCAUCAAGUGAUUUUUACCGAGGAAGAAUUGCCAAAGGAUUCAGGGGACUUCAUACUGGGUUAUUACAGCAACAAUAUGAGCUCCAUUGUGGGCGUCACCGAGCCAUUCCAGAUUCAACUGCCAGCAUCCACCGCAGCUGGUCUGAGUCCGUCUGACAGCUCCGACUUCACGUCUGAUGAUGAGCUGAAGAAGAGCGACUCCUGUGACUCCAGCCCUGAGACUGAAGAGACGAGCUCCAGACGAGCCCAAGGGCUGACGGCAACCCCCCACGAACCGCACUCCAAAGACACCUCUGCACCGUCCAGCUCCAGCAGGUCCUCAGAUGCCCCCCUCGCUGCGGAUGACAGCUCUAACUCAGGAAAAGAUGCAGCCAAGCCCGAGGAACCUUAGCUCAGCACAGCACCGUCUCUGGAGGAAGAUAGCAGUUUCUGCUGGGUCUGUGAUGUCCUUGUACAUUUACUGUCCUGUGAUGUUGUUUGGAGAUGUUUUCUUAUAUGUUGCAGGGCAGAAAUAAGCGUCCCCUCCAGCAAACAUAAGAGGGCAGACUAAAUUGUUUGUGCCUGUUCUGUGUAGUCAUUCUAUUCAUAUUCUUCUUCUCCUGAUCUUCUCAAACUGCACAAGACUAAACCUGAACGCUAAGAAAUAAUCUUAGGUAUACAUGCACAAUGUUAAUUGAUUCAUAUGGAUUUUUUUUUCUUUUUCAGAAUCAACCAGGGUUUGGUGCACAAUAGAACAAAAUUUCUGGUUCUUAUUGGGUUUAUUGGAGCAGAUCCUCUUUAAGUUUUCUAGGGCUCUGUUCCGAACUCUAGUUGAGCUGUAAGCUAUGUUUCUAUCCAAAGUUGCAAAUUUAACUUAUGUGCAAAAUUGGAAUAUAGCAUAAAACAUUCAUGAAUAAAGCACUGUUUCCAUCCAGCAUGACAAAGAGAACAAAAUCGUCAUUUUCUGAUAAACUGGCGCCAAAUAUCACUAAGAACAAGGUAAUUUUCUGCAGUUCGAGAAGUCUCUUUGGGUCUUUUUUGUAUAUGAUGAAUUGUGAUGAAUGCAGUCAUGCAUUUGAAGGCAGAUGUCUGCUGUUUGGAAAUGCAAUUGUGAAAGACAGUUCUGAUAGGUUAUUAUACCAAACCACGUUGACGACAGACUUUCGCGCAAAGUCACAUGACUUUUUUGAUGCGCAUCAAUGAAUUUAUUUUGUAAAUAUCUCAAUGUGUAUAAAAAUGUAUCUGCUUCAACUGAGUUUAUUGAAUUAAGUUUUUAUGCACAUUUUUGGAAUCGAUGCGCAUCUUGGCAAUUCCAGUCUGCGUUUUUAAUGCGAUAUCCCAAAAUGCGCAUAAAAAUAGGUGGAUGGAAACAUAGCUAUAGAUAGAUACACUCCAGACUCCUAGAUAUGAUGCUGUCUGGAAAGAUAUCUUGCUUUGGCAAAGCAUCGCACCCCUCAAAGAAAAGAGCAAUCCCAGAAUGCACUUGUGGGAAAUAAUACGAAAAUUGCUACAUCAGAGUAACCUGCAUGCAUUAGUCAGGUCGCUCAUGGGAAGAGGUGCAUUAACAGACUUACAUUUCACUUAGGAUGCUGCCUCAUUAGGUAAAAAGUAGAGAGCGAGGCACUUCACUAGGAUUUGGAGCAGAGCUCAUGACUUUAAAGUGUGCUGCUAUAGAAGACGUCUGCUAAAGGUGACACGCUGACAGUUAAAGGUGUUUGAUAAUAUUCACAUACUCUGAAAAUGCAAAUAUGUACUCUCCUCAGGUUCUUGAAAGGCAGACACACAUAAAGGGAUGACUCUUAGCUAACGCAGCACUCGGUGAAGUACAGUUUGUAUAUUAUUCAUGUUGAUUACCGUCUUAACCAACUGUUAGCGUUUUACGAUAUUAUAGUACAAUGAUGAAAUCUAUUGCUCUCAAAGUAGUGACAGCUGUGCCGUCAUGUUCCUGUGGUAAAUGUUCUCGAAAAUAAUUUCAAAGUUAUGACCUGCUAGUUUAAAGUCAACAUGAAAUGCAGUUCACGAAUCAAAUUUGCAUCAUGUAUUUCAGAAUUAAACAGAAAGUCAGUAAAAAAAGAAAUGCAGGAUGUUAUCGACAUCAACUGAAAAAGAAACGUAUAUCAGACACGGAGCAAGUAAUUACAUUUUUAUGGAACAAUAUAAAGACAUUCUUUAAUGUAACGUUCAUGACUCCUGCACUAUAAGGGGCGCUUCACACUAAAUACGUUUUUGUGUUUAAAAACACAAUAUGCAGGACAGUGGAGUUAAAGAAAAUAGUGUACAGAAGUGUUUUUAAUAGCUGAAUAACUUUGGUGCCAUGUUUUUAGAAUGCUGUGUCAUAUGCGAGAUGCAGCAAAAGAUGCGAGCACAAUGGUCAAAAACAUCCCUUUGGCGCAUCUUUACAGAAAAACAAUGUGCAGUGGAAUGCAAAAACAUGUUCUUUGUGAACAACCCCUUAGGGUCUGUUUAAAUUAGCUUUUUAUUACACUUGUAAGAACACAAACAUUUAUUUAAUAUAAAAUUCACCAGUGACUCCUGUACUAUAAGGGUCAGUUCACACAGAACGUGUUUUUGUAUUUAAAAAAAAAAAAAGUCUAGAGCAACACAUUUUUUAAAAGUUAAACAAUUUGAGUGCUGUGUUUUUAGAAUGCUGUGUCAUGUGUGAGAUGGUCAAAACAUCUGUGCAUGUUUACAUACAAAAACAAUGGAAAAGAAACGCAGUGGGAUGCUAAAACGCAUUCUGUGUGAACAGCCCUCGUUUGAAACUUUCUACAAACGUUUUAAUACAAUUUGAUGGUAGAGUACACAGACAAAAAUAUGUAUUUUUUUUUUUUAAAUGUUGCAUUCACCAGUGACUUUUGCACUAUAAGGGCUGAUUCACAUAACGUGGUUCUGUUUUUUAAAGCAGUGGCAUGAAAAAUAAAAACGCUAGGUCUAGAGACAUGAAUAACUUGAGCACUAUAUGUUUUAAAUGGUAAAAAGAUGCUACAAAAGAUGCAAGAUGCAGUGGUCAGAAAUGUCAGUCUAGUGCAAGUUUAUGUAGAGAAAACAUUGGAAAAGAAGUGCAGAGGAAUGCAAAACGCAUUCUGUGUGAACGGCCCCUUGAGGUGUGUUCAUGCUUAAAUCGCUGGAGCUGCCAAAUUGCUGUGCUGUUAGAUGCUAGGCAUUCCUGUAUUAUCCAGCUGUAACAGACAUUGCAACAUAAUGUCACUGCAUAUUUGCAUAAAGUUAAACUGUGUUCAACUUUGUUGCACAGACAGCGUUUUCGCCAAGACUUUGUCGGUGCAAAACACAGUCAAUGUGAACACCUCUAAAAACCAGAAUUGUGCUUUAAGAAAGCAAACAGCAUCAGUUUUGAUUUCAUGUUGGCUUUAAACAGUGAUUGCAUGGUUUCUAUCUGAUCUUUAGUCUGAUUUGUGUCGAGUAUUGUAUCAUGACUGUACUUGUGGUAGGAAUCCUAGCGUAUGUGUUGUCUAGGGCUUUCUAGGAUUGAUCCUACAUGGUAAGAUCUCUCGUCCCCUUCUCUUCUCUCAUUCCUCAUCUUGUCUUUUGUCUCCAAUUCGACCCCUCCAGGGUCACGAUAUCUGUUUUGACGUCGUCUACAGGGCUCUACUAAGUGCUCCGAUAUCGUAGUCUAUUGGAUUAGUAGUUUGUAACCCAUAGAAAAUUUUGUACAAUGACUACUUAGCCUUAGGACACGUGGCGUGCCGUCUCACUGUUUACAUGGUUAGCUGAGUGAGAGUGUAAGCGUGUUUUUUGCAUGAACGUGUCAUGGAUAAUCACAGUAUCGUGUGGCCUGCCACCUUUCAAUAGUGUAGAGGUGACGAAAAGUGUCACUUCUAGAGAAAAUAUGGGUGAUGGAAAACAUUAAAAAUAGCUGUUCGAUUUACAUUCAACACAUUUUUAAACAAAUCUUUGUAGUCCGCAUAUGUUUGGAAAUCACAAACAGGCAUUCUGGAACAAGAUACUUUUUAUUAGAAAUACAAUUAAUUAAAAGUCUCUAGUGAGAAAAUGGCAUUUUGACAAAACUGGAAGCAACUUAAUUCUUGAUAUUUGUAAUGUGUUUUAGGUAUGUGAUCUCUAUUUUCUGUAGGACCCACACGGCUCACUUCUCAUGUCUGAUCCUGUGCAUGUUUUAACAUGGUUCAUGAGGUCAUGUAAAGCACAGAAAGUGUCUCAUGUCAUGUUUGUUAGUGGUGCUUGCUCAUGCAAUGAUCACUAUUAUUAACUGCUCAUAUUUAAGGUUAGGAUUUUGAACAAACCCUUUUCAAACGUACGUAAUUGCUAGACUUUGGUACAGAACUCUAUUCACACUCUUUGAGAACGAGUGGUACCACAUAUGUGCUAUUACUUUUUUUAAUGAUCAGACUUAUUGAAUUUCCCUAUCAAUGGUAAUAGAGCAUCAUAUCAAUGACCAAGGAUCCACAACACAGUGUCACUAGUGUCAUUAACAACAUUACAAGUUUCCAAAAAGAAACCAAAAUUAGGAUCAGGCCUGUUAAUACUCGUUAUAUUUUUAUACUCCAUUAGCCAUACGAAAUUUGAAAGCUAAUAUGAAUAAGAUGCAGUAUUGGGAAAUUCAUUUUCCUUUCAAAGCCAAAUAAAUGUUUUGCAAGUGCGAGUGUAUGAUACUUUGAUUUAUUAUUAUUAUUAUUAUUAUUAUUAUUUUAUUAUUCUGAAACAUUAUUAGAUAAGCAUGCAGAGGGAAUGUUAUUGGAUGAAAAUAUGGAUGUGGGUAUAUAGAUCCAGUAUGUAGAACAGAUGACAAUCAGUGCCAAAACAGAGAAGAGACUUUAUUUAAGAUUAUAUUUAUUUUCUUAUUCAUGAUAUUAUGUGCAUAUCAGAUUCUGCUGGUCAGUGUGUUUAUAAAUCAUUAUGAAGAAGGUGAUUUAUGAUUAUAUUGAGAAUAUAAAUUUAUCAUUCUUUCCUUUAAGAUUUUUCAGUUCUGCAUCUUUAUUGUUCAUUAAAGCAAAUGUCACUCGCCGUUUGCUUCAUAUUCACCUUGAUUAUAAUGAAACACUUUUUUGGACGUGUAUUGAGCAGAAUGUACUGAUUCGGUAGGCUUGCGAAUCGUUUCUCUUGGUUGUUGUUGUAUAAUGGUGUCUUACCUUAGACCACUGUAAAACAUCGGUGUCAAAAUGAAAAUAAAUCCUUUUGAAAGUGGAA